AUGUGUGCAUGUUAUCUGGAGGAUUACUUUAGUGUCACUUUUGAUGAGGAUGCUUGCCACGAAAAUUAUGUCAAAAUUACUGGAAAUGGUAUGGUGGGUGCCUUGAUUAAAAGAGCUCUACAAGAUAAGAAGAUGAUGACAUUUGAUGCAUAUUUUGAGAAGCUCUUAGAAACUUCUUGGUUUGGGCAUAAGGUUUAUCUUUUAAAACCACUUGGGCAUGUUUAUCUGGGAGAAAGUUUAUUGGUUCAUGAAGCGGAGUGCCAGCCUCCCCAUAAAAUUGAUGAGAACAUGUGGAAGAACCGAGAACAGAUUGAAGAAAUUAUUUUUUUAAUGGAAAGCUCUCAGUGGCCAAAAGUGCUUCAACAACAAUCAAUUGCUGAAGAUGCUGAGCUUGCUUCUGUUCUCGUACGGCUAAAAGAUAACUUCAAAAGCACUUUGAAGAUGUUAGAGUAUUUUCAAUGCAAGAAUUCUGAAUAUGUAUUUAACACAGUUAUGACUUACAUGCCGCAAGAUUUUCGGGGGACGCUAAUUAGACAACAGAGAGAGCGCUCGGAGAGGAAUAAGCAAGCUGAAGUUGAUGCCAUAGUUAACUCGGGUGGAGGUAUACGUGACCGAUAUGCUUUGCUUUGGAAACAACAAAUGGAACGGAGGAGGCAGCUAGCACAGCUUGGCUCUGCAACAGGUGUCUAUAAGACUCUGGUGAAGUACUUAGUAGGAGUGCCACAGGUUCUGUUAGAUUUUAUCCAGCAAAUAAAUGAUGAUGAAGGGCCCAUGGAAGAACAGCGACAACGUUAUGGGCCACCUUUGUACAGCCUUACAACAAUGGUGUUAAAUAUUCGACUUUUUCUCUCUCUAUCGUGGGGCCGGUUUGAGUCAAGAAAAAUAAGGAAGCAUGAAGUAUCAAUUUUGGAAGAAGCAGUCAUUCUCUAUACCUCAGAGUUUGAAAGAUUUAUCAAAUUUAUUGGUGAGGUUUUUGCAAAUUCCCCUUUCUUUAUUACAGCCGAGGAUGCUGGUGCAAUACAAGCAAGGAAAAAUGAUGACUACAAAGAAAUGAGUGUUCCUGCGGGGAAAAUUUAUGAGGUUUCAUUGGCAGUGGAAUCAAUAAACUCAUAUAUUGCUUGGGAUUUCUCCUUGGCAAAGGGCAAAAUGAACAUGGAUAUUGGAUUCAGCGUGGAGUACACAAAUCCUUCAGGGCAAAAAACGUCAUCCUGCUGUUGCAUUUAUUUUGGGCUAUUGGGUUGCUUAUUCCUCAGCUGAUCUUACCUUAUCGGCGCUAUGAGUCUGACCAAGGUAACUUUUGCACAUGCAUGGCUGGAAACUACAAACUCAUCUGGGACAACUCGUAUUCGACGUUUUUUAAAAAGGUCCUGCAUUACAAAGUGGAUUGCAUUCCACCGGUUGUGGAGGCAGAGCCCUUGGCGACUAAAGUAGAAGAAUGACCGGGGUUACUGGACAUGGUAAUUGGUGCCGGGUUGAUUCUUACUUAUUCUUGUCACAUUCAUUUGUAUAUUUUAAAUUUUUAUAUUUCCCUUUCAUCACCUAAAAGAUUGGUAACUUGGUUUCCUCUAGUGUUGAGAUAUCUUACUGUUGUUACUGAAGAUAUGCUAAUCUGUACUGGUUGUAUACCAUCUAUUUCUUGUCGCCACUUGGGUGGGCAUCCAAUAAUAAUUACCGAUCUCUUUUCUUACUCUGAA